AUGGAGUCAAUUCAAAAAAUGUUAAGUUUAACGGGGAUAUGGCCCAAACAAAAUCUUACAACAAAAGAUGUUUUAAUAACCGUAAUGAAUCAUUCCAUGUUUGUGUGUAUUUUGGUUAUUUUAUUCGUAGAAAUCAUAAAUGUCUCGCAUAGUAUAACAAAAAUGAACGUUGUUUUAUGUACAAUGUUACCGUUUUGCACUGCUUAUAGUAAAAUAAUUUCAGCAACUUAUUACCGAAAUAAUUUCUUAGCAAUAAUCAAAGAUAUCCGUUUGGAAAUUUUUAAUAACUACCCAGAUUCUAAAAAUAAUCCGCUAAGAGAAGUGUUAAAAGUAACUAAAAUGAUGUCGAUUACAUUUAGAUUUAUGAUGGGUGGUGUUUGUUUGUUUUACGUUAUAUUUCCAUUUUUCGACGAUAAAGAUCUACCGAUUCCUUUUUCACUGGAUUUGGGAAAAUACAAGAUCGUAAUGCAUAUUUUCCAAGUUGUUGCACUUACAAUAGCGGCAUGGAACGUGAGCUGCAUAGAUUUAACUUUUGUAACGAUAAUGGGAAUUUGUGCAGCACAACUCGAAAUUUUAUGCAUAAGAUUACAAAAUUUCGCUACGAAAGCACGAAAAAUUUCUUAUCAUCGCAACGAAUUCGAUCGAAACGUUGGAAUAUUUCUAAAAGAAUGCGUCAUCCAUUACGAUGGAAUUAUUAGUCUUGUGGCUAAAGUUAACAACAUGUUUUCGUUUAUCACAUUUUUUCAAUACUUCUUGGGAAUGCCGAUUGUUUGUAAUAUUGUUCUGCAAUUAACGUUAUUGCUUGAUAUUCGUUCAACUGAAUUCGUAAUGACGAUAAUGUUGUUUUCAACAAUGGUGACUCAAAUGACUAUGUACAGUUGGUUUGGAAAUGAAGUUAUUGUUAAAAGCGACAAAAUAAUCGAAUCAGCAUAUCUUUCCGAAUGGUAUUUAUGUCCAACUAAGCAUAAAAGAACUUUAUUUAUCAUAAUGGAAAGAGCAAAAAAGCCUUUAGCAGUAAGUGCAGGUGGAUUUACAUCGGUUUCAUUAACAGCUUUAUUAGUGAUUAUUAAAUGGUCUUAUUCUAUCUACGCUUUAGUAAGAACCGCAUUAAAACAGUAA